UAGGGAAUUACUCCAUACCAGCUCUGAGAUUUCCAGCUCAGCAAUGCCCCCAGGUCCCUGGAAGAGCCGCUUCUGGGUGGGGGGCCUACUUUUGUGGCUCAGCGUUGGAAGUUCAGGGGAUGCACCUCCUACCCCACAGCCAAAGUGCGCUGAGUUCCAGAGCGCCAACCUUUUUGAAGGCUCCGAUCUCAAAGUCCAGUUUCUCCUCUUUGUCCCUUCGAAUCCUAACUGUGGGAAGCUAGUAGAAGGAAGCAGUGACCUCCAAAACUCUGGGUUCAAUGCCACUCUGGGAACCAAACUAAUUAUCCAUGGAUUCAGUGUUUUAGGAACAAAGCCUUCCUGGAUUGAUAAAUUCAUUAGAACUCUUCUGCGUGCAACGAAUGCUAAUGUGAUUGUCGUGGACUGGAUUUAUGGGUCUACAGGGGUCUACUUCUUAGCUGUGAAAAAUGUGAUUAAGUUGAGCCUCAAGAUCUGCCUUUUCCUCAAUAAACUCCUGGGCCUCGGCUUCUGAAGCUUUCGGGGAAAGCCUGCCACUGCGAAGCCAGCAGACUCUGUGGCCCACGGGGAGCUCACUGCCCCUGCUCUUCUAGGUGCUGGGUGUGUCGGAAUCCUCAAUCCACAUCAUUGGUGUUAGCCUGGGGGCCCACGUUGGGGGCAUGGUGGGACAGCUCUUCGGAGGCCAGCUGGGACAGAUCACAGGCCUGGACCCCGCUGGACCUGAGUACACCAGCGCCAGUGUGGAGGAGCGCUUGGAUGCCGGAGAUGCCCUCUUCGUGGAAGCCAUCCACACAGACACUGACAAUUUCGGUAUUCGGAUUCCCGUUGGACACGUGGACUACUUUGUCAAUGGAGGCCAAGACCAACCCGGCUGCCCCACCUACUUUUAUGCAGGUUAUAGUUAUCUGAUCUGUGAUCACAUGAGAGCUGUGCACCUCUACAUCAGUGCCCUGGAGAAUUCCUGUCCACUGAUGGCCUUUCCCUGUGACAGCUACGCGGCCUUCCUUGCCGGACACUGUCUGGAUUGUUUUAACCCUUUUCUGCUUUCCUGCCCAAGGAUAGGCCUGGUGGAACACGGCGGUGUCAAGAUAGAGCCACUUCCCAAGGAAGUGAAAGUCUACCUCCUGACUACUUCCAAUGCUCCGUACUGCAUGCAUCACAGCCUCGUGGAGUUUCACUUGAAGCAACUGAGAAGAAAGGACACCAACAUCGAGGUUACUUUCCUUAGCAGUAACGUCACCUUCUCAUCUAAGAUCACCAUACCUAAGCGGCAACUUCACGGGAAAGGAAUCAUAGCUCAUGCCACCCCACAGUGCCAGAUAAAGCAAGUGAAAUUCAAGUUUCAGUCUUCCAACCGAGUUUGGAAAAAAGACCGGACUACUAUUAUUGGGAAGUUCUGCACUGCCCUUUUGCCUGUCAAUCACAGAGAAAAGGUGAUCUGCUUACCCGAACCGGUGAACUUACAAGCAAGUGUGACUGCUUCUCAUGACCUGAAGAUAGCCUGCAUAUAGUUUAACCUGGGCAGGACACAUCUCCCUGCAUUUUUUUUUUUUUUGGAGGGAGGUGUGAUGAGGGAUGUGUGUGUGCAGCUUAUUGUAGACCAUUACUGCUACGGAGAAAGGCAAAGCUCUUAUUUUCUCCAUAAUGAGCCACCCUGGAGGGGAGGGAGAACUCAUUUUACAGAGCUUGGUUUCUGCUGCUGAUCUUAUGUACAUACCCAUUUUAGCUCUCCCAUGCAUACUUAACUGCACUUGCUUUAGCUCCUUGUAUAUCUGUACUUAGGAUUCAAUAGAAACAUGUACAGAGUAAACAAUUUUUUAAAAAUAAAACUUCAUGGAGUACCUGAA